CGGUUUGAACGAUGCUAGCUAUUACUUCUAUGCUUUUACUUGUGGUUAAAUUGGGAUGGGCUGCCCAGUGUAACAAGUUUUCUGGACCCCCUGGGGGUGUUGAUUGCAUUCAAAUGCGCAGCUACAAUGACGAAUACCAGUGGAUGACGUGCUUGACGGAUGCAUACAUCCAGCAAAAGGGCAACCAAAAAGACCACUGUGAAGACCGAGCUGCAACCUACUGCUGGUAUCCGUGUAUGCUGGAAGUGCAUGGCAAGGGAAAUGGAUCAGUGGCGAGUGAUUGUUCCUGUACUUCCGGCAAUCCAAGCACUCUCACGCCUACCACAUUACUGCCUUCUAAGUGCUAUAUUCCACCAGGGGAUUCCUGUUAUUGGUAUCGCAACUGCUUGGAGAGAAAGUAUCCCUGUGAAUUCACAAGUAAUGGAUAUGCAAUCAAAUACGCUGAACAUUUUUGCAAGCUUGAUGACAAAAACUUUGCAAAAUUCAGUUUAAUCGCGCGAAACUGGGUUAUUGGAGUUCAUAAAUGCCUCCAAGUCUCACUGAUGCCACUACUGCGGCCAUGGAUCCAUUCAACCUGUGGGGAGAUACAAGAAAGGGCGUUUGCCUCUCAAACACCAUGUUACCUGAAUCCAGGAAAUGGUGUACUGUCUGCCUGUGAUCUUGACUGUUCCAAUUACCUCCAGAUCUUUUGGUCCAUCAAGGGCUCCUUUGUCAAAGUCGACACAGUCUUGGAAUCUCUCAAGGGAAUGUGGAAUAUAGGAGAGAAGUGUACAUGGUAUUCUAACAUCAGGAAAUGCUACAGAUCCAUAGAGCUGGAAGAUAGCCCAGUCAAAGUGAUCAAGCUGAAGAUUGAAAAGUUUUUGCUGCGAUCAAGGCGCUCAACUAACAAUCUUCCUGAAUCUAAUGCUCAAAAUCGAUUCGCGGACGGAGUUGGCUCAGCCAUUGCGAGUGCCUUGAAGUGGAACUCAGAUGUAAUGGACUGGCUUGCCUAUACUGGGAGAGUUCAAGAUCCAGAAAACCUGGAAAUUGUCGUCUUAUUAGCUGAUAAGAAAGCCCUGGGUAUCGCCUUUACAUCCGCUCCAUCUGUCAACUUCAAGCAAACCAUCGAAGAAUUUACCUCUGCUGUAAAACAGGGAGUGCUACCUUUGAAAGUGGAUGGACACAAUGUCUGGGUGAAGAGCUUAGCCUCGUGUUCUAAUAAAGCCUGCACCAGCACCCAGACACUGGCAGUGUCUGACAAGCCUCCAAACUGGAAUGGUACUGCUGACAUCUCAGGUGGUAAAGUUAUCAUCUGUGGAACCAUAAUUAUGUUGGUCAUGAUGAUGACCAACGCAGCCAUGAUAAUGGAAAGAGUACUUUACUAAAAAGACACUUGCAUCUGUCAAAGUUUGGUUUGAUUAUAGGAUGAAAUCAGUGUCUCUUUUAGUAUAGUGUCUGUCUCCAUUGGAAGGACAUUGUUUCCCUGAUAGAAUGUGAGUAAAAACAGACUCACCUACAACCAGAUUAGUUCAUGAAUGUUAGUCAUCAUAUAUAGGCCUUCAAUUCUUUGAAGUGAUAUAACCUACCUAUACCUAAUUACACGCAUAUAGUCAGUAUUUCCCGUCUAAGUUUCUUCUUUAGAUCUUUUGUCCCAGUUUAGAACCGUAGCUGUAAAGAUCUUACUUUUUCGAAUAUUCUUAUUAAAAAAAAAGUAAAAAAACGUUAUUAUAUACGCAUAUUAGACUGUUAUAACCAUUGUUAACCAUUAAAAGCACUUAAGCAU